AGCACGUAGCCCCGGGCGGCAGAGGGGACUGUGUCUAAGAGAAGAUACGGCACCCCACUACAAACUUUACUGAAUCAUUGCCGCUGCCUACAGGUGUAGGUCCACUUUCAUCGAGACUCAGCGGCGGAGUGAGGACGGCGGACGGCAGGAUAUUUGUUACUAGCAUUUGAUCAGCGGCAGAGUCUGCUGCCCUGUUGCCACCCUCCCCUGCCAGCGUUGAUCGCCCGGUCGCUGCCUCCGCUGCCCAGGGCUUCUCGGCGCUGCCCUGCCGUUCGCCCCACGGCCGGGGGGUGAGGGGGGCUGGUUGACCCGCUCCCGGGACGGACGCGGACACGGACACGUCGCCGGCGAUGGCGAGCAGCGGGACGGUGACGGAGGGGCCGCCGGCUGGCGGUGGCGGCGGCGACGGCGAGGAGGUAUCGGGCGGGCGGGGGUCCGGAUCCCCGGUGUCCACACUCAGCCAACGGGAGAGCAAGCUGCAGAAGCUAAAACGUUCCUUGUCGUUUAAGACCAAAGGUCUGAGGAGCAGGAGUGCGGAGAACUUUUUCCAGCGCACCAGCAGCGAGACGAAGCUGCAGGUGGAGCUCCUGCCCAGCGUCGGCCCCAACAAUGGGCCGCUCCCCGUUUCAGCAAGUCAAACGUCCACCCCGACCAAAAGCCAGCGGCCGCUUGAGAACAGGACACAUUCUUUCCUGGAGUACAUAUUCAAGAAACCAACGUUCUGUGAUACCUGCAACCACAUGAUCGUUGGCACCAAUGCUAAACUGGGUCUGCGCUGCAAGGCUUGUAAGAUGAGCAUCCACCACAAGUGCAUCGAUGGCGUGGAACAGCAGCGGUGCAUGGGCAAACUGCCAAAGGGAUUCCGACGGUACUACAGCUCCCCAUUGUUAAUCCACGAACAGUACGGGUGUAUCAAAGAGGUGAUGCCUAUUGCUUGUACCAGUAAGAUUGACCCAGUGUACGAAACGCUGCGGUUCGGAACCUCCCUGGCUCAGAGGUCCAAGAAGUCAGGCACAGGAUCAGACUCGCCGCCACACACUUCUGCCUCAGACCUGGCAAAAGUUCCAGAGGAGGCUGCAAGUGCUACAGGAGGAAGACUGAGUCCGAGCCGAAAAUAUAGUGAUACCGUAUUUAAUUCUCUUGAAAAUGGGCUUGAAAAUAUCAUCAGGGAAGAAAGAGUACUUUCCCACUCUCCGCUGAAAGAGCCAGGAAACAAAGACACUUUGCAGAAGUUUAUAUAUGUUGCCUUGUACAGAUUCAUACCCCAAGAGACUGACGAUCUGGAAAUGCAGGCUGGCGACAGAAUUUUACUGCUGGAUGAUUCUAAUGAGGAAUGGUGGAAGGGUAAAAUUGCUGACAGAGUUGGAUAUUUCCCUGCAACAUUUGUUCAGAGGGUGAUGGUGGGUGAGAAAGUCUUCAGAUGCACAAAAUCGUUCACAAGCUUGCAAGAAGGACAGAUGGAUGUAAAGGAAAACCAGAUCUGUGUGGACAAAGGUGAAGAGAAUAAUGGCUUCAUUAAGGUGCACAGUGGGAAGAAGAUCGGCUUUGUACCACUUGAUAUCUUGGUCAAAAUAUGAUAUCACACUGUGUCCGCACAUUGAAGGUGAUGUAACUUAAAGUGGUAUUGGCUGUUCCUGUCUCAUAUCUUCAACUAGGAUGGACCUUGUUGUGGUCCAUUGCAGCGAGUCAGAAUAUCAAAGCGGCACACUGAAGCGAUGAGGAAGUUCGGAGAUGUUUCUUAAAGCCAGAUAGGCUGAAAAUUUGAGGAUACUUCUUCCUAUAUGAGAGGCAAUUUGGUAUUAUCUGUAGUUGUGCAUUUGGGGUUUCUUGUAUCCUGCCCCUGUAAAUCCUAACGAUGAUGUGGACAGUUUAAAUCCCUUUGCACAUUAUUAGGCAUCCAAAUAGAAAGUAGUCAAUCCAAGUUCAAGUUUAUUGUCAUUCAACCGUAUACACGUAUACCACCAAACGAAACAAUGUUCCUCUAGACCAGUGUGUGCAAUACAGUGCACAUACAGUAACUCACAUAUAGAACACAUAAGGUGAUAUUAUCAAAAAUAAACUAACAGUGAGGUGCAUGUACAGCACCUGUUAAAAAUUAAACAGUAUAACAUUACUGGGGCUCCACACAUGAUGAGACUUUCAUAUGUGGUGGCAGGAAAUUCAGCAGAUGGAUUAUUUUUUCACCCUACCUGUGUAUUGAUGCAGUUUGCGUUUUCGGGUAUAUUUUCAAAUAAUUCCUGUUCCUGCAUCAGAGAUACUGGGUUUCUCAUUCUGAGUCCAAUAUAUAUAUAUAUGUUCUCAGCUCAACUAAGCUGUUGUUUAGCCCCAAAAUCUUUGACCUUUGUAGUGCCUGCACAGUCUUUAGGAUUACACACCCAUUUGGAAUACGACUAUUUAGAACUUUGAAUAUUCAUAUCCUGCAGUGCAAUAUCCGAUUAUAGCCAAGGAAAAGCAAGUAAUCUGCUCACCUGAGUGUGAAUUGCAUUUACUACCAAAGUAGGGAUUUUGACAUUUAUUCAAAGAGUUUUAUUUAUUCUUUAUUUAUUUAGUGAUACGGUGUGCAGUAGGCCCUUCCCUGGUUAUUUCUCCCCCACCUCCCACCUUUCUUUUCCCACUCCCGUCUGGCUCCCCUCUCACUGCUUUUCGUCUCGUCACCUGCCCACACCUCCCUCGAGUGCCCCUGCUGCUUCCCUCCCUCCCAUGGUUCACUGCCUUCAUUCUGUUUAUUUAUUUAUUGAGAUGCAGCACAGAGUAGGCCAUCUGGGCCCCUGAGCCAGGCUGGCCCAGCAACCCCCGACAAACCUGACUUAACGAUAACCUAAUGACCGGACAAUUUACAAUGACCAUUAACCUACCUGAUACAUAUUUGGACUGUGGGAGGAAACUGGAGCACCCGGUGAAAACCCACCCAUUCCUCGGGGAGGAAAUACAGAGACUUCUUACAAAAUGGCGCCAGAAUUGAACUCCAAACUCUGGAAUGCCCUGAGCUACAAUAGCGUGGCAUUAACCGCUACGCUACCAUGGCGCCCGAAUUGAAUAGAAUCUACUUUGCGCACAGCAGAUUGAAGACAAAGGGUAAAGGAUUAGGUAAAGGUAGCCCGUAACCAGAAAUGGACCCUGGCAGGAACCUACCAAAUAAACGCUUCAUAAAGGCUGAAACAGUCUACGAAACAACAUACAUUUGUUGCUGGAUCUGUGUAUAUUUUGAAAUGAUAAUGAGGCAUUAAGACAGAAGCAAAUCCUUAAAAUGUUAAUUAAUUCCAAAAUAGCUUUAAAGACCAUAAGACCACAAGAUAUAGUAGCAGAUUUAUGGCAUUUGGUCCAUCGAGUCUGUUCCAUCAGUCCAUCUGAUUUAUUAUCCCUCUCAACCCGUUUCUCCUCGUGAUCUUUGAUACCCCUACUAAUCAAGAACCUAUCAACCUCUACUUUAUGGUCUGACAUUUAACUGCCCUGGGUCACUCUCUCUAAACCCUAAUCUGACUCCUAAGUACCUUCUCUGUCCCCAACAUCAUCCCGACAAACUUAAAAAACAACUAAAUCUGAGCCGUGACCUCAACAGAGACCGCAGUUCACUGCCACCUUGACGGGGGUCGUACCCCACUCAGUGUAGAUUCUUUGCCCUUACUAUUUUCUUUCUUUUCAAUAUUUUUAUUGAUAUUAUGUAAAUUACAUGAAUACAAAUACAAAAUUCAUAAGGAUACAGGUAAAUAAUACAAAUUACAUUACAUUUAAAUCACAGUAAUAUGAUCACAGUAUCCCAUAUUCCAAAAUAGUCAUGUAUAAAAAAAGAUUGAAUUAUGAAAUGAAAUAGAAUAAAAUAAUUGUAUUUUAUUAGAAAAGAUCUACCCCCACUACCAAAAUGAGCUGGUUGGUAAAAAAAAGAAAAAAAAAGAGAUACCUUACCAUAUGAUAUAAUAAUAAUAAUGGCUCAGAUCCAUACUUCAAUAACAGUUCAAAGAUUGUGAAAAUAAUUCAGAAAGGGUCCCCAUAUCAUUAGAAAAUUGUGUUUAGAAUCAGAAAUCGAACAACGAAUCUUCUCUAGAUCAAGGCAUAACAUAACAUCAGAUAGCUGUUGAACAUGAGUGGGCGGGGCGGCCUCCUUCCACUUGAGCAAGAUUGUCCUCCUGGCCAUAAGAGACAUAAAAGCCAAUACCCACAAAUUAGAUGGUUUCAAUUUUGUAGUAUUAUCCUCAACAAUACCAAACAUGGCAGUCAAAGAAUUGGGCUUAAAACUAACAUUGAAAAGUACAGAAAAAGUUUGAAAUACAUCUUUCCAGAAUUUUUCAACGCUCGGACAUGUCCAAAACAUAUGAAUUAGUGUGGCCACUCCAUUAGUACAUCUGUCACAGUAAGGGGAAAUACCUGCAUAGAAACGGGAAAGCUUAUCUUUAGACAUAUGAACUGUAUGUACCACUUUGAAUUGUAAUA